UUGGUGCGUCUGUGGGACUGGCUCAGGAACGGGCCGGUUUCACUUCUGCUUCUCUCCGCUUAUGUGGAACAAAUCAGCUUUGGCGAAAAAGUCACUGACGACACGUGAGCUGACGGGUUUUUAGAGUCUUUUACCUUGGAUGAUGCGGAAGAUGAGUAUGUCUCUGCGGUGAACCAUGUCACGGCUCAGUUGCAAAUCUCCAGAGCUGAUUGUUGACUCCUGCCUGCAGAGUUGGCAUGUUAUCGGCUCGGGGGGGUUUGGUCAAAUCUAUAAAGCCCGGCACUGUAAGUGGGGCUGCGACGUGGCGGUAAAACUGCUUCACUAUGAUGACGGGUCCAGCUCGUCCCUGCUGCAUGAGGUGGACAUGAUGUGUCAGGGGAGCAGCCCGUUCAUUCUGCAGGUCCUCGGAGUCUUCCAGGGUCGACUGCCCCCCUCUGUCCUGCCCUCUCCUUCUCUGUCCUCACAGCUUGGUCUGGUCAUGGAGUUCAUGGAGAGAGGAUCGCUGGCCUCCCUGCAGGAAGCCUUGUGUGGAGCGCCGCCCUGGCCGCUGGCCUUCAGACUGGCUCACCAAGUGGCUCUGGGCAUGAAUUUCCUCCACAGCCGAUCCCCUGCCAUCCUCCACCUGGACCUGAAGCCCAGCAACGUGCUGCUGGACUCCAGCCUCAAUGCCAAGCUCACUGAUUUUGGCCUCGCCAGGUAUUCCCACAGUGUCACGCGGGCAUCCAAGAGGAAAAAUGACGAUGAAGGGGGAACAAUUAGCUACAUGCCACCGGAGGCCUUCAACAUUUCGUACAGCCCCACCCGGGCUUCGGACAUCUAUAGCUAUGGCAUACUUCUGUGGUCCAUUGUCACGGGUAAACAACCAUAUGCAAAUGCCAUCUCCAGCGUAGUGCGGUUGCGUAUCUCUGAGGGAGACAGGCCACCGCUGCACGUGAUCGACCGAGGUCAGGCAGCGGGACUGUCGAACCUGAUGCAACUCAUGGAGAGCUGCUGGGACCCAACAGCCAGCCAAAGGCCCUCGGCCCUCGAGUGCAUCACUGUGACAGAGGGGCUGUUUGACAUACACAAGCAUGCCAUUAACGGCGCCGUCCAUCGGGUGGUGCUACAGCUGGACCAAAAGGAAGAAGAAAGAAGAUUGCUAGACAAGGUCGCUAAGGUUCAUAUCACUCGGCCUUUAGGAAGUUCCAGCGUAGAACCAGUGGAAGUGUGUCAUAACGUGCUGACAGGACCACCUCCGGUUCAGGAAACAGCUGGUGGUUUGACAGCGAGUCAACGGGACAGUGCCAGUGCCAGUGCUAAAGGUCAGGCUUCACCUCGACCAGCAAGAGGAGCUCACGCUGAAUCCGACCACCCGACCAGUCUUAAAGCAAAAGGGUCCUCUGUUUUACCCAAUCCAGCAUCACCUCCAUCUCCUUUGCUGUGGAGGUCACAGAAGGACCGAGCACAAAAUAUUGCCCAAUCACGUAUCGGGCCAAACCUGCCUGGACCUUACCAGCGUCAGUUUUCAAGCCCGGAGACCCUCGCCUGCUCUCCCAGCUCUGCACCAGGAAUUUCCAUCCACAUGAGCCACGUCACUGGACUUCAGAACGGCAACAACAACUACAUGUGCAUCCACACAGACAUCUCCGAGAGAAGACGCCACCCCACGGCGCCAUCUACUGUGACUCUUUUACCACAGCAAUCAGGAAGACACCAGGCGAAGACAGGCGGCGCUGGCUAAGUUUACAUGGAAUUAUCUCGUGUUAAGUUCUCUAAUUCCCUAUUGAUUGUUCUCCCUGGUUGGUUUUGCCUUCACUCCACAACUGGAAAAUCAUGUUUUGCAAGAGUAGCGUUGUAUAAAGGCUUAGCUGUUUUUUUUUUGGACAACAAGCCCUUAUGAUUCAGAAGCUGGUAGAAUCCAUUGUGUUGGCAUUUUAAAUGCUUUGUUUAUAUGACUCUUUGCUUACAAAAAUAGAUGAACGAGCAAAACUUCACUAUUGCUAUGUCAGCAGUGUAAAUAUGAGACAUGUGUGAUCUUUUUUUUUUUUUUUUUUUAACCAACUGUGG